AUGGCUGUGGUGCCACGUGCUCUUUGUAAAUAUUAUAAAGGGCUAGACUCCGAACGCCCUGAGCUGUGUGCCUCGGUGUACUUCCCAUUAUGCUUCUCUCCCAGAAAUCAGGCCAUUCGUUUAAUACUUCAUCACGACCGAACUGCAUUUGACGGUGAGAACAUGUAUAUGAGCAUGACAGAGCCGAGCCAGGACUAUGUGCCAGCCAGCCAGUCUUACCCUGGUCCAAGUCUGGAAAGUGAAGACUUCAACAUUCCACCAAUCACUCCCCCCUCCCUCCCUGACCACUCACUGGUGCACGUGAAUGAGGUCGAACCCGGUUACCACUCUCUGUGUCACCCAAUGAACCAUAAUGGCCUGCUACCAUUUCAUCCACAAAACAUGGACCUACCUGAAAUCACCGUCUCCAAUUUGCUGGGACAGGAUGGAGCACUGCUUACUAACUCCAUUUCUGUGAUGCAAGAUAUACGGAAUCCAGAAGGAACUCAAUAUAGCUCCCACCCUCAGAUGGCAGCCGUGAGACCAAGGGGUCAGCCUGCAGACAUCAGGCAGCAGCCAGGAAUGAUGCAGCAUGGCCAGCUGACCACCAUCAACCAGUCACAGCUAAGUGCUCAGCUUGGCCUGAAUAUGGGAGGAAGCAGUGUCCCCCACAACUCCCCAUCUCCACCCGGAAGCAAGUCUGCAACUCCUUCCCCGUCUAGUUCAGUGCAUGAAGAUGAAGGUGAUGAUACCUCUAAGAUCAAUGGUGGAGAGAAGCGACCUGCGUCUGACAUGGGGAAAAAGCCAAAAACCCCAAAAAAGAAGAAGAAGAAGGACCCCAAUGAGCCUCAGAAGCCUGUGUCUGCGUAUGCAUUGUUCUUUCGUGAUACUCAGGCUGCCAUCAAGGGCCAAAAUCCAAAUGCUACCUUUGGUGAAGUCUCUAAAAUUGUGGCUUCAAUGUGGGAUGGUUUAGGAGAAGAGCAAAAACAGGUCUAUAAAAAGAAAACCGAGGCUGCUAAGAAGGAGUACCUGAAGCAACUAGCAGCCUACAGAGCCAGCCUCGUAUCCAAGAGCUACAGUGAACCUGUUGACGUCAAGACCUCCCAACCUCCUCAGCUGAUCAACUCAAAGCCGUCAGUGUUCCAUGGGCCCAGCCAGGCCCACUCAGCUCUGUACCUAAGUUCCCACUACCACCAACAACCAGGAAUGAAUCCUCACCUAACUGCCAUGCAUCCCAGUCUCCCAAGGAGCAUAGCCCCCAAGCCGAAUAACCAAAUGCCAGUGACUGUCUCUAUAGCAAACAUGGCCGUGUCCCCCCCUCCUCCCCUCCAGAUCAGUCCACCUCUUCACCAGCAUCUCAACAUGCAGCCGCCCCAGCCACUCACCAUGCAGCAGCCCCUUGGGAACCAGCUCCCCAUGCAGGCCUUACACUCACCGACCAUGCAGCAGGGAUUUACUCUUCAACCCGACUAUCAGACUAUAAUCAAUCCUACAUCCACAGCUGCACAAGUGGUCACCCAAGCAAUGGAGUACGUGCGUUCUGGGUGCAGAAACCCUCCCGCCCAGCCGGUGGACUGGAAUAACGACUACUGCAGUAGUGGGGGCAUGCAGAGGGACAAAGCGCUGUACCUCACCUGA